AUGACAAAUAUGUUCAUCCAGUCUAUCGAGUUCUCGCAGCAAUUCAACGCCCCAGAAGCUAUCGCCGCAGCGAAUAAUAAAGUCGACGAAGCUGGGUGA